UUCGGUGCCAUGCUGCAACCUGGGGUCAACAAAUUCUCCCUAAGGAUGUUCGGCAGUCAGAAAGCGGUGGAGCGCGAGCAGGAGAGGGUUAAGUCAGCCGGGUUUUGGAUUAUCCACCCCUACAGUGACUUCAGAUUUUACUGGGACCUGACGAUGCUGCUGCUGAUGGUGGGAAAUCUGAUCAUUAUUCCUGUGGGCAUCACCUUCUUCAAGGAUGAGAACACCACACCCUGGAUCGUCUUCAAUGUGGUGUCGGACACAUUCUUCCUCAUUGACUUGGUCCUCAACUUCCGCACGGGGAUCGUGGUGGAGGACAACACGGAAAUCAUCCUUGACCCACAACGGAUUAAGAUGAAGUACUUGAAAAGCUGGUUUGUGGUGGAUUUCAUCUCCUCCAUCCCCGUGGACUACAUCUUCCUGAUUGUGGAGACUCGCAUUGACUCAGAGGUCUACAAGACUGCGAGGGCUCUCCGCAUCGUCCGCUUCACCAAGAUCCUCAGCCUCCUGCGCCUCUUGCGGCUUUCUCGCCUCAUUCGAUAUAUCCAUCAGUGGGAAGAGAUUUUCCACAUGACCUAUGACCUGGCCAGUGCUGUGGUGCGCAUCGUGAACCUCAUCGGCAUGAUGCUCUUGCUGUGUCACUGGGACGGCUGCCUGCAGUUCCUGGUGCCCAUGCUGCAGGACUUCCCCCACGACUGCUGGGUGUCCAUCAAUGGCAUGGUGAAUAACUCCUGGGGGAAGCAGUACUCCUAUGCCCUCUUCAAGGCCAUGAGUCACAUGCUGUGCAUAGGGUAUGGACGGCAGGCACCUGUAGGCAUGUCUGACGUCUGGCUCACCAUGCUCAGCAUGAUUGUGGGUGCCACCUGCUAUGCCAUGUUCAUCGGCCAUGCCACUGCCCUCAUCCAGUCUCUGGAUUCCUCCCGGCGCCAGUACCAGGAGAAGUAUAAACAGGUGGAGCAGUACAUGUCUUUCCACAAGCUCCCGCCCGACACCCGACAGCGUAUCCAUGACUAUUAUGAACACCGCUACCAGGGCAAGAUGUUUGAUGAGGAAAGCAUCCUGGGUGAACUGAGUGAGCCGCUACGAGAGGAGAUCAUCAACUUUAACUGCCGAAAGCUGGUGGCCUCCAUGCCGUUGUUUGCCAAUGCAGACCCUAACUUUGUGACGUCCAUGCUGACCAAGUUGCGCUUUGAGGUCUUCCAGCCUGGGGAUUACAUCAUCCGAGAAGGCACCAUCGGCAAGAAGAUGUACUUUAUUCAGCAUGGUGUUGUCAGUGUGCUCACCAAGGGCAACAAGGAGACCAAGCUGGCUGAUGGCUCAUAUUUUGGAGAGAUCUGCUUGCUGACCCGGGGGCGGCGCACAGCCAGCGUGAGGGCGGAUACCUAUUGUCGCCUCUACUCACUGAGUGUGGACAACUUUAAUGAGGUGCUGGAGGAAUAUCCCAUGAUGCGGAGGGCCUUUGAGACUGUUGCGCUGGACCGCCUGGACCGCAUAGGCAAGAAGAAUUCCAUCCUCCUCCACAAGGUGCAGCACGACCUCAACUCAGGCGUCUUCAACUACCAGGAGAACGAGAUCAUCCAGCAAAUCGUGAGGCAUGACCGAGAGAUGGCCCACUGCGCUCACCGUGUCCAGGCUGCUGCCUCAGCCACCCCAACCCCCACACCUGUCAUAUGGACCCCGCUGAUCCAGGCACCGCUGCAGGCUGCUGCUGCAACCACGUCGGUGGCCAUAGCCCUCACACACCACCCUCGCCUGCCCGCCGCCAUCUUCCGGCCCCCGCCGGGACCCGGACUGGGCAACCUUGGGGCUGGACAGACACCGAGGCACCCAAGGAGGCUGCAGUCCCUGAUCCCUUUGGUGCUGGGCUCUGUUUCCCCAGCCAGCAGCCCAUCACAGGUGGACACGCCAUCUUCAUCUUCCUUCCACAUCCAACAGCUGGCUGGAUUCUCUGCACCUCCUGGAUUGAGCCCUCUCUUGCCCUCCUCUAGCUCUUCCCCACCUCCAGGGGCCUGCGGUUCCCCACCAGCCCCCACACCAUCCACCUCCGCAGCUGCUGCCACCACAGCUGGGUUCGGCCACUUUCACAAGGCGCUAGGUGGCUCCCUGUCAUCCUCUGACUCCCCGCUGCUCACCCCACUGCAGCCAGGCGCUCGUUCCCCACAGGCUGCCCAGCUGCCACCCCCACUGCCUGGGGCCCGAGGAGGCCUGGGACUCCUGGAGCACUUCUUGCCACCCCCGCCCUCUUCUAGGUCACCAUCGUCCAGCCCUGGGCAGCUGGGUCAGCCUCCUGGAGAGUUGUCCCCAGGUCUGGCAGCUGGCCCACCAAGUACACCAGAGACACCCCCACGGCCUGAACGGCCAUCCUUCAUGGCAGGGGCCUCUGGGGGUGCUUCUCCUGUAGCCUUUACCCAACGAGGAGGCCUCAGCCCUCCGGGCCAUAGCCCAGGCCCCCCAAGAACUUUCCCAAGUGCCCCACCGCGGGCCUCUGGCUCCCAUGGUUCCUUGCUCCUGCCACCUGCAUCCAGUCCUCCACCUCCCCAAGUCCCACAACGCAGGGGUACACCACCCCUCACCCCAGGCCGCCUCACACAGGACCUGAAGCUCAUCUCAGCCUCUCAGCCAGCCCUCCCCCAGGAUGGGGCACAGACUCUCCGCAGGGCCUCCCCUCACUCCUCAGGGGAGUCGGUGGCUGCCUUCCCACUUUUUCCCAGAGCUGUGGGUGGCAGCGGGAGUAGUGGGGGCCUGGGGCCUCCUGGGAGGCCCUAUGGUGCCAUCCCAGGCCAGCAUGUCACUUUGCCUCGGAAGACAUCCUCAGGUUCUCUGCCACCCCCACUUUCCUUGUUUGGGGCAAGAGCUGUCUCUUCUGGAGGGCCCCCUCUGACUGCUGCACCCCAGAGGGAACCUGGGGCUAGGUCUGAGCCAGUGCGCUCAAAACUGCCGUCUAAUCUAUGA